CGAGGAGGGGAAGAUUGGAGGGAAAGAGAAAAUAUAUCGCGCGCAGAUGUUGCGAAAACACCGCCCUCUCUAUCAUCACCAUAUCGAAUUUUGUUAACUCACAUCAUCUACCUUUAUCGGCGGAGAGUCCCUAUCGGAGCCACAGACCCACCACCACCACCGACUUGCCUCCCCUCCCACCCUCCAAAUUUAUCACUUCUCCAAAACCCUAGAUUCUUUUUUACGCCUAUUUCACAAGAUCUGUUUCUGUUCUUCAACGAGAGUUCCUUGCUUCGUUAUUGUAGAUAGGCUUGGAUCUAUUGGAGGGAGUUGCUUUCCAGUUCUCUUUCAAAAAAUAAGUAGAAGUUGUGGCUUUUAAACAUCUAUUUGUGACAUAAGUGACCAUGGAUGUUUCCUCACAAAAAAAGUUUGUCCAGGAUAGGAAAAACUUAGCCACUGGGCAAGUUGUGUUUGAAUCAAAUCAAGAAGUGAAUGCUGAGUGUGCAUGUGAUGAAAAGGCCCUAAAGAAUCAUGAGAUUAUGGGAAAUCAUAAGAGGAUUGAAGUAUUCAAUGGAAGUCCAAAUCAUGAACCAGUAGAUCUUACUGGAAUGAUUUCAAGCCCUAGGAAGACCACAUCAGAACAUGAACAUGGAAUGGAGGAGAUCCAACCUCCGAAGUUGGGACAUCCACCUGAGGAUGGAUCAAAAUAUUCAAGUCUUGAGCAAAUCGAAGCAAAUCAAGAAAAUGAAACGAAGAAAUUAAGUCAAUCAGGUAACCAGAAGAGAGGGCGACCUAAAAAAAGAGAAAGAAUGGUUACUGGGAGUCCCAGGGUCUUACGCUCAAGGUCACAAGAGAAACCUAAAGUUCCUGAAUCGGUUGAUGCUCCUGCACAAGAUGCUGAGAGCGACGGAAAGAAGAGAAGGAAGACGAAGAAGAUAAAAAAAGAUCAGAACAACGAAUUUUCAAAAAUAAAAACACAUUUAAGAUACCUACUAUCUCGAAUGAGUUAUGAGCAAAACUACAUUGAGGCCUAUGCUGGCGAGGGGUGGAAAGGACAGAGCGCAGAAAAAAUAAAACCAGAGAAGGAGCUUGAACGUGCCAGAUCAGAUAUUAAUCGUUACAAACUGAAAAUAAGAGAUCUAUUUCAACGCAUUGACAGCUCAUUGGAGGAAGGAAAGAUUCCAGAAUCUCUAUAUGAUUCAGAAGGGCUAAUCGACAGUGAGGAUGAGAUUGCUUAUACGUCCCUCUUAUUCUGGCAGAUAUUCUGUGCAAAAUGUGGACAGACAGAAGUCCAGCUUGACAAUGAUAUUAUUCUAUGUGAUGGUGAAUGUGAACGUGGAUUCCAUCAAUUUUGUUUGGAUCCACCUUUAUUGAAAGAACAAGUUCCUCCAGGUGAUGAAGGGUGGCUUUGCCCUGCUUGUGAUUGUAAGGUUGACUGCAUUGACUUACUUAAUGAUUCACAGGGGGCUGAUCUUUCUAUUGGUGACAGCUGGGAGAAGGUUUUCCCAGAAACUGCAGCCUCUGGGAAUAAGCUGGAUGAUACUUUGGGACUUCCCUCUGAUGAUUCUGAAGAUGAUGAUUAUAAUCCUGAUGGUCCAGAGGUAGAAAAGGUAGAAGAGGAGGCAGAUGGAGAGGAGUCAAGCUCUGAUGAGUCUGAUUUCUCUUCUGCAUCUGAGGAUUUGGGGGCUGUUGCAAAUAAUGAACAGUCUCUGGGGCUUCCCUCCGAUGAUUCUGAAGAUGAUGAUGAUUUCAAUCCUGAUAGAGUAGAUUCAGAUGAACAGGCCAAGACUAAAAGUUCUAGCUCGGAUUUCACAUCUGAUUCAGAGGAUCUUGGUGACAUAAACAAGAAUGAAGGGACAUCACCUGAAGUUCAAGGGUCCUUAAUGCCUGAAGACGAUGAAGAAAUAACAAAAGCAAGUAUGGAAGAUGAUGAUUCUGGCCCCAUAACUGCAAAGAGAAAGGUUGCGAGAUUGGACUACAAAAAGCUGCAUGAUGAGACAUAUGGAAAUGCAUCCUCAGAUUCAAGUGAUGAGGAAUUUUUAGAUACUGAAGCACCAAGGAAACAGAAAAAUACUAAAGGAGCAAAGGAUGUGGAUUUCAACCAACAACAGAAAAUAAGUGUAUUUACCCCUGUAAGAAGAACCAAUAAGAAGCUAGACGUUGAGGGCAUAAGUAGUUCUCCAGCACAUGUGGGUUCAUCUGCACCUGGUUCAAGUGAUAGAAGUGGUACUAAAUCAUCAUAUAGAAGACUUGGGGAAGCUGCUACUGAGAGCCUCUAUCAAUCCUUCAAGGAAAAUCAGUAUCCCGACCGGGAUGCCAGAGAGAAUUUGGCAAAAGAACUGAAUCUCACUCACACUCAGGUUAGCAAAUGGUUUGAAAAUGCUCGUUGGAGUUUUAACCACCCUGGAAAACGCAGUAAAAUCGUUAAAUCACAGCACGAGUCCAGCACAAGUCUGGCCACUGAGAAUGCUGCUGGUCACAAAACAGUAGAAAAGAAGCAAUCAGACAAAGCAUCCGCUGAAAAAUUAGUAACCAAGCAAAUGAACGAGACAAGCUCUACACCCCCAAAAUCUAGAAAGAGAAAAGGAAAGACAGACGAUGAGGACUCAGUGAUGUCUCCUAGUUUGAAGGACGGUUCUUCAAAUCGACGAAGUGGCAGAGUUCAAGCUAAAAGAUCAUGACAUCUGCCUCCAAAUUCAACAGCAUUUGUCGAGUUUUAAUCUGACUCAUGGAAAGGUUGGAAUCUUGAAUGGCUUCGAUUUCAGGUGAGUUUGAUAAAGGUUCUCUUUUACAUAAUUGGUACUUCACAAAAUACAUCUCCUUGGAAUCAAGCACCAAGAAGCAGUAUUUCUAUCACAUAAACAUGGGGCGCGGCAUCCUGAAUAUGGGGUCCGUGAGGACAAGUAAUCUAAUCCGGUGGAUUUUAUACCCAAAUCUGUUCCGUUUUGUGGUGAGGUGUUGUAGCGGUUUAGCCGCUUGUGACCACCAUGUAUUGCAUUUGUUCACUUCUACAUUAGAUUUCCUAAAAACUUGUUUCUUUCAUUGAAAAGAUAAGUAGACAUUUUUUCUUCAUGUGGACUAAAUGAGUCCUGCUUAUGUGCUGGAAACAGCAUGUCUCUUGGAAAGUUGUAAGAUUGUGUAUUAAUCGCUCCAAGACGAAAUACGGGGUGCUUAGAGAUGAGGGGGUAGAAGUCAUUAAGGGGACGUUUACCCAAAUGCCUACCCGGUAAGCGUUUACCUGGAAGAGUCAACAUUAUAUUUUCUUUUGCUAGGUAAGAUUUUAGUUCAUCAAAACAGUGUCGUAUGCAACAAUUUACCCAUUUAGUGCUUAUUGUGUAAGAGUAUCUAUCC